ACAGCUUGUGAGGGGUUAGAAGCUACGAAAUUCAUAAAUCGGAAACAAUAACAGAAAAGUAGCAUGAAUCGGAUUUCAAAAAUAUUUCAGCCUCUCUUAAUAAUACCUAAGAAUGCUGUCGUGAGGAAUCAAGACCUUACGUCCAAGAGUCAAAGACUCAUGAUGGAAUGUGGAUUGAUUCGGCCUAGUGGAAAUGGAUCAUUUUUCAUACUGCCAAUACUUCAAAGAUCUGUAGAGAAGCUUGUUGGUAUUAUUGAUCAUCAUAUGCAGAAAAUUGAUUGUCAGAAAAUAACAAUGCCAACAUUAACUUCUGCUGAUCUGUGGAAAAUGUCAGGAAGAUUUGAAGAUGCACAAUCUGAGUUGUUGAUUGUUAAAGAUAGACAUGAAAAGUUGCAUUUACUAAGUCCUACACAUGAAGAAUCAAUCACGUCACUUUUAGCAUCAAUUGCUGGUACAAGUUAUCGACUUUUUCCUCUCAAAUUUUAUCAAAUCACAUCUAAAUUUCGUGAUGAAAUGAAGCCAAGAUUUGGAUUAAUAAGAGCUAAAGAAUUUCUCAUGAAAGAUUUAUAUACUUUUGAUUGUGAUUUAGAAUCGGCAAAGAUCAGUUACGAAACUGUUAAUGAACAAUACAAAAACCUUUUUGACUAUCUCGAAAUUCCUUAUGUGAAAAUUGAAGCUGACACUGGUUUGAUGGGUGGAAAUAUUUCUCAUGAGUAUCACAUUCUAACAUCAAUUGGAGAAGAUCACAUAGUUCAAUGUAAGAAAUGUAACAAAGCAGUCAACAAAGAAUUAUUGAAUGAAAAGCAAUUAAUUUGUGACGAAUGUGUGCCUGAAGAUAUCGAACAACAUGAAGGAAUUGAAAUUGGACACACAUUUGUUCUCGAAGAUAAAUACACAAAAGCACUUAAUGCAACUUAUUUAAGUAAAAAAGGUAAACCUGAAAUUUUACAAAUGGGAUGUUAUGGAAUCGGCGUAACAAGAUUGAUAGCAGCUUCUAUUGAACGAUUUUCAACUGAAUCUGAAAUUCGAUGGCCUAUUCCAAUUGCUCCUUUUAAACUUUGCAUCAUACCACCAAAAGAAGGAAGCAAAGAACAGGAAAAAGUGAAGGAUUUGAUGGAAGAAAUUGAUAAUUUUUUAAAGUCUAAAGAAAAAUCUUUGAGAGAUGACGUAGUUAUUGAUGAUCGAACUCAGAUAACAAUUGGCAAAAGAUUAAUGCAUACAAAAAGAUUAGGAAUUCCUUUUAUCAUAGUUAUAGGAUCAAAAGCUGCUGAAGAAAUUAAUCCCACAGUUGAAUUACAUGAUUUGAAUCAGAAUAUCGUGCAUGAGUUAUCAAUUACAGAUGCUUUAAACAAAGUGAUGUCACAAAUAAAAACUUACGAAAUAGUUUAA